AUGACUACAACAACAACAAAUGAAGUUUAUAUAGUUGAUUGUAUUCGUACACCAAUUGGUAGAGGAUAUAGUAAUGGAUCAUUACAUUCAAUACAACCAAUUGAUUUAUUAUCAUAUACACUGGACCAAUUAAUGAAAAGAAAUCCAAAUGUUGAUAGAGGAUUAGUUGAAGAUGUUAUUUGUGGUGUUGUAUCACCAUUAAGAGAACAAGGUGCAAACAUAGCAAGAUUUGCAGCAUUAAAAGCCGGAUUACCAAUCAAUGUGCCAGGUGUUCAAUUAAAUAGAAUGUGUGGAUCAGGUCAACAAGCUAUCCAUUUUGGCUCGCAAGCAAUUAGAUCAGGUGAUAUGGAUAUUGUUAUUGGCUGUGGUGUAGAAAUGAUGAGUAUAGUACCAAUGGGCAGUGAUUGGCAAUUAGAUAAUCCUAAAUUUGUAGAAGGUUUUAAUUUCAAAGUACUUCAUCAAGGUGUUUCCUCUGAAAUGAUUGCAGAGAAAUAUAAUUUAACAAGAGAUGAAAUCGAUAAAUUCUCUGGUAGAUCUCACGAAUUAGCAGAUAACGCAACAAAGAAAGGCUAUUUCAAAGACCAAAUCAUCCCAGUCACCCUUCAAGAUGGUAAAGUUGUUGAUAAAGAUGAAGGUAUUCGUGUUCCAGUAGAUUAUAAGAAAAUGUCAACUUUAAAAACCCCAUUCAAGCCAAAUGGUAAGAUUAGUGCUGCAAAUGCUUCACAAAUCAGCGAUGGUGCUUCUGCUGUCCUAUUGGUUAGUGGUCGUUUAGUUAAGAAAUUAGGAUUAAAACCACGUGCUCGUAUUGUAACUUGUACAGUAGUUGGCUCUGAUCCAGAAUAUAUGCUAUUAGGUCCAAUUCCAGCAACUAUUAAAGCAUUGGAAAAGAGUGGUCUCACUAAAGAUCAAAUUGAUCUAUAUGAAAUUAAUGAAGCCUUUGCAUCUGUAGUUUUAGGUUGGAAAAAGGAAUUAAAUAUUGAUUUAGAUAAAAUUAAUCCAAAUGGUGGUGCAAUCGCACAUGGUCAUCCAUUAGGUGCAACUGGUUGUAUUCUUAUGACUAAAAUGGUAAAUGAAUUAGAAAGAUCAAAUAAAAAAUACGCACUUCAAACAAUGUGUAUUGGUUUUGGUCAAGCAACUGCAACAAUUAUUGAAAAUUGUUCAUAUAAACCAAUUUCAAAAUUAUAA